CUUGAGUAUAACAACAUCGCCUCGUGUCCUGUCAGUCUAGAAUCUACCGGUGAACACAGCUUCAUUAUGAAGGCAGGCAAUAUGAAACCUCAGGAUAAGAAAUGCGUGCAUUGUGCCGUCUUUGGAGACGGAAUGGUUGGGAAGACUAGCAUCUCGGAAAGCUACGCACAGAAAUCCUUCAGUGAGGGUUAUGAAGCUACAGUAUUCGAGAAUUAUGCAGUGCCCUUGAGCGUUGCUGGGGAGGAGUUUAUCAUCAGCAUGUUCGACACAGCUGGACAGAAAGACUACGAGAGUCUACGCUCGUUCACUUACAAAGAAAGUGAAGUCCUGCUUCUGUGUUUCUCCACCUGUGACCGGGAAACGUUGGCCAGCAUCAAUGACGUGUGGAUGCCUGAACUGAAGAGACACACUAAACAAUCUAAACAGAAGAGACCGGUCAUCCUCGUGGGCACCCAAAUUGACCUCCGUGUCGGGAAUGAAGACAGCGAGGUCAGCGCCGACGAGGGUGUCCAGUUGGCCAAGGACAUUGGCGCUGACUGCUAUGUGGAGUGCUCGGCAAGGAGCCGUGAAGGAUUGAAAGAGGUGUUCGAGCAUGUUGUGUUUUCAGCUCUGAAGUAUAGAAAGAAGAAAAGUAAUAUUCUGAAGCAAAUCUUCAGUCGUUGAACUCUUAAGUCCAAACUGGAUUUACCUCACCAACGACCUUGAUUCGUUGACAACAGCAAAAACUCGCCUGCUGAGCAUCGGCAGCUUUUUGUCUGCUCGUCGCGUGCGAUGUGUCGUCUGCUCCCAGCUGCGACACAACUUGAAAGCUACUUCCCCUUGAAUCUUGGGAAAAUCGACGAAGUUUGAUGGACUUGUGUUGGAACCGCCAUCCAUGGUGUUUGCAUUCAUUGCAAGUCACUAUUCGUGACGAAAGACCCUGUGAUAAAAGUGUGAUCUGAGGUGACAAGUGACAAAUACGUCACAGGUCUGCUGUACCCCCUGUAUCCGAUACAGAUGUAGGAACUGUGAUAAUGGUGGUCAAGCCUUUAUAUCCAUCAUUCGAAUGGACAGAUGUAUUUGAUUGAUGUAAUCAAAUAUGACUUAAAUUUGGUACUUCCAAAUUCUAAUUUAUUUAGCUAUUAUUCUCGAUCUAAGUCCCAUGUCUUUCAAUCUAGUCAUAGCGAACAGUAAUGUUUUGUAGCAGAUUGAGGUCAAAUUUGAUAUUUAUGAUUAAUAUAUUGUUAAUCAAGAUUAUAUUUGAACCAAGUCUAUGUCAAAGAAUUCCGUACAGAUAUAGGGCGGGUCCCUGUGAUAGGAGUCGUGUUAUGCUACCUGUAUUUUAUUAAUAGGUUCCAUGUUUAUACAAAUAUGACGACAAAAUGAGCAUUUAUUGCAAGAGUGAAAUGUUUAAACUUUUGCUAUGUCUUCAUGUGCCGCUGGUCGGCAAAGAUACAUUUUUUUAAAAUAAAAUUUAUUGAAUGAA